AUGGGGAGCCACUGGGAACUGCCGCCCUCAGUCCCUCGCACCGUGAUGCUGGCAAAGGAGUGGCUGCUCCUGCUGGCCUUCAGCCUGAGCCUGGCAGGUGCCCAGAAGACUCUGGAAGAGGUGCCCGUGCAGCUGGGCUUUGAUGCGCACAAGGUGGAAGGACGUUGGCUGACCGUCCAGCUGGCCACCAGCCACACAGACUUGGUCUUGCCAGAUGACCCCCUGAGGCUCUCCCUCCACUCCAUCCAGACCAGAGACAGUGGGGACAUCGACUUCGUGCUGUUUGAGAAAGGAGAGGGGGUGUGCACAGGAGUCAAUGUCACUGUCCAUCCAACUGGGCUGCAAGGCCAGUACCAAGGCACCUUUGAGGGUGGCCGCAUGCACGUCCACUUCGUCAGCACCGACUACAGCAACCUCAUUCUCUAUGUACGCAUUGAGGACAAUGAAGUCACCAGCCUGUGGACAUUACUGGCAAGAAGAAUGCCUGAAGACCCCACGUGGGUACGCCAAUACCUGAAUUUUGUGGAGAAAUUCCACCUACAUAAGGCACCUGUCUUCAACACAACUGGUGAGCAGUGCCCUUCAGCCAACCGAGGAGUGCCCAGGGUCCCAUCCUCACAACACAAGAGUGGUCUCCACACCACACCCUUUAUGUCGGAUGCUUAA